UCAGGCAAUCCCGCCCCGCCCUCAGCAAAGGCGGCGGCCGGAGCCUCGGCGGGGCCGGGCCAGCGCCAGUCACAUGGCGGGGAGCGGCGGCGGCAGGCAGCGGAGCCGGGGGCCGGGGCGGCAGCAUGGCCCUGGAGGACCCGUUCUCCGCCGUGCGGAGGGAGGUGCAGAAGGCCGUGAACACGGCCCGGGGGCUCUACGGGCGCUGGUGCGAGCUGCUGCAGGAGACUCGUGUGGUCAGCACGGAGGAGUUCGACUGGACCACGAACGAGCUGCGCAACAGCCUGCGUAGCAUCGAGUGGGACCUGGAGGAUCUGGAGGAGACCAUCGGCAUCGUGGAGUCGAACCCUCGCAAGUUCAGGAUCGAAGCCAGCGAGCUGACGGAGAGACGGGCCUUCGUGAAACAGAUGCGGGACUCUGUCAAGGAGAUGCGAGAUCACAUAUCCAGCCCGUCAGCCCUGGCCAUCGCCGAGCGGAAAAACAGAGAGAUGCUGAUUGGCGGUGGGGCCAGCCAGAAGCCCCCCCCGGAGCAAUACGGCCCGCUGCGGGAGGAGCUGGUGUCCGCCAAUUCCCGCUAUAUUGAGGAGCAGCAACUGCAGCAGCAGCUGAUCGUAGACCAGCAGGAUGAGCAGCUGGAGCUGGUGUCGGGCAGCAUCCGGGUCUUGAAGCACAUGUCGGGCCAGGUUGGGGAUGAGCUGGAGGAGCAGAGCUUGAUGCUGGAGGAGUUUGCCCAGGAGAUGGACAGCACCCAGUCCCGCAUGGAUGGCGUGCUGAAGAAGAUGGCCAAGGUGUCCCACAUGACCAGUGACCGACGCCAGUGGUGUGCGAUUGGCAUUCUGCUCGUUCUCCUCAUCGUGGUGCUUAUCCUCUUCUUCACUCUGUAAUCGACUGGCCAGGACUGCCGGGGCGGGCAGCACUCUCCUGACCAGCCCCCCCCCCCCCCCCCCCCCCAUCGUAGCUUGGCACAUGCCUCCAUCGUUGCUUGGCAAGCAACCUGGGAGCUGCCCUGCUGGAGCACGGCCCACCCCGGUGCCUUUCUCUGACCCUUGGGGCUGGCACCUGUGGGAAAGAAAAGGCACCUCCAGGUACCAGGGGAGAUUCCUGCUGGGAAUCUGGUUCAGGUCCCCCCCCAGCCUUUGCUUCCACACUGGGGGCAUCCUCAGCCUGUAGGGAGCAGUAGCAACGUGCUGAAUGGGGGGGGGGUGCGCAUCUGAUCUCUCCCCAGAUUUGGGAGGGAGGGGAAGCCAGUUAAUUGGUACCUCCACCCCCCUUCUGCAAAGCCAGGAGCUGGGAGGAGAAGCAGCUUGCCCAUCCCAUGUUCCAGGAUGGGACGGGGCAGCAGAGCCUGCGCCACCAGGGGGCGCUGACUUAUCACACCAGCUCUCUGCAGCCUGUUGCAGGUAGAACAGUUCCUACGAGCAUGAGAUGCAGACUCAGCGGUUAAUACCCUCCCCUGCUGCGUGGGUUCAGGGCUCCCCCACCUUAAAGCCCAGCUGCGCUUUGCCAGGCGUGUGCUCACUCCUCUCCCCUCCCUGGCAGGGCCGUCACUCAUUUUUUGUACGAAAAGCCAAAAUAAUUCCUCAGGAGGGUUUUCAUGCGAAGGGCUUUCAGUUAAAGAAACUGAGGGUCUUGUUGCUGGAUUUUUGCUGCCUUAGCGCGGAGGAAGAGACCUGACUGUUGGGUUGUUGUUGUUGUUAAUUAUUUGUAUUAUGGUAGGGCUGUGAGGCCCCCACGGUGCUUGGUGCUGUACAAACAUAACCAGGAUGGACCCUGCUGGUGCCUCUGCCGCGGGGGAGAGACUGCAGUGCAUAUUGGGAGAUGUAGUCUGGCCAGGGAGCAGGGCCCAUGGG